CAUUAACACCAACAGCACAUCACCAGUGCUGCCCAUGUGCCACUGCCCCUCUCUUCUCCUUCCCAUCGUGGAGUACCUCGCUCGCUCAUUCACUCCCGGUCUACCAAAUUCGUCCAAUCCGAUCGCAUUGCAAUCAGCAAGAACCAGAAUCCACCACCAUUCGCCAAAUCAGUUCAUACCAACAGAAAUCAAUCCGCUCCGCGCCAUCCCGAGCAGAAAAGUUCGGCCAUUUUUACCCAAUCCGGCCGCCGCUAGCUCCCUCUGUUUCUUCCCGAAGUCAAACUCAGCAGCUCUCCGGAUUUCCGGAUUCUGGGGUUCGGUUCUUCACGUGCAGCAGCUGCUGGGGUUCUUCCGAUCCUGUGCCGACAGCGUCCACCUCCCCCGGCCUCUCCCUCGAUCCGCUUUAACUAGCACUACUCCCGCUUGCUUCAUCCUCGGCCAAUGUGAGGGGAGGAGGCGCCGGACUGCCGGAGCUAGAGCUUAGGUAGCUGCCAGAUCGCGGAAGGAGGGCGGAAGGAGGUCGGAUGGAGGGGGAGGGGCGGUCGCUGGCGGAGACGCCGACAUGGUCCGUGGCGACGGUCACCACGCUCAUGGUCGCCGCCUGCUUCCUCAUCGAGCGCGCGCUCUCACGCCUCGCCAAGUGGCUGCGGAGGACGAAGCGGAAGGCCAUGCUCGCCGCGCUCGAGAAGAUCCGCGAAGAGCUGAUGCUGCUGGGUGUGAUCUCGCUGCUGCUGAGCCAGACAGCCAGGUGGAUUUCGGAGAUCUGUGUGCCAUCAAAGCUCUUCACUAGUCAAUUCUACAUGUGCACCGAGAACGAUUUCGGUGACCUGGCGGAACACCGGGGUGGCACCGCUAACCACACACACCUUGCUAGAAGCCUGUUUGGUGGCCAGUCGACGCACGGUUGUGAGGAGGGUCAUGAGCCUUUUGUUUCAUACGAGGGUCUCGAGCAGCUGCAUCGUUUUUUGUUCAUUCUUGGUUUCACUCAUGUGUUGUACAGUUUUCUCACAGUGGUUCUGUCGAUGUUUAAGAUAUAUAGCUGGAGGAAAUGGGAAACUCAAGUUUCUACACUCCCCAGUGAGCAUUUGCAACGUAAGUGUUAUCUCUCUCCGUCAGCUAAGAGAAAGGUGAUGCAGAGGCAAUCUACCUUCGUUUUUCAUCAUGCAUCUCACCCGUGGAGCAAAAGUAAAAUACUUAUUUGGAUGCUGUGCUUUCUGCGCCAAUUUAAGGGUUCAAUAAAAAAAUCAGACUACAUGGCAUUAAGGUUGGGCUUUAUCACAUAUCAUAAGUUGCCACAAUCAUACAACUUCCACAAAUACAUGGUACGGAGCAUGGAAGAUGAUUACAAUGGAAGUGUUGGUAUCAGUUGGCCACUUUGGGCAUAUGCAAUAAUAUGCAUCUUUAUCAAUGUUCAUGGUCUUAAUAUAUAUUUCUGGCUAUCAUUUGCCCCUGUUAUUCUCGUCCUGCUCGUGGGCACUGAGCUGCAGCAUGUUGUUGCUCAGUUGGCACUGGAGGUUGUCGAGGCAACAUCCAGAUAUGUCGGGACGCAACUGAAACUGCGUGAUGAUCUCUUCUGGUUUGGGAAACCUAGGGUCCUGUGGUGGCUUAUACAGUUCAUUUCAUUUCAGAAUGCCUUUGAAAUGGCGACAUUUUUAUGGUUUCUGUGGGAACUGAGUGCAAAUAGUUGCUUCAUGAAGAACCAAUAUAUGGUUGUUAUUCGCUUGGUUUCUGGGUUGCUAGUUCAGGUGUGGUGCAGCUACAGUACGCUGCCUCUUAACGUGAUUAUUUCACAGAUGGGGUCGAAGUUCAAGAAGUCGCUGGUCUCAGAGAGCGUGAGGGACUCGCUCCACAGCUGGUGCAAGAGGGUCAAGGACAAGCGGCACAACCCGCUCUUCCUACGGAAUGGGACGCUCACGUCGAGGUCCGUCUGCUCCCUCGACACUACCAUCUACGAGACCGACCACGAGACCAACACGGUGUGCACGCUGUCGAGGACCGUGUCGGCGUCGUCCAUGGACGAGGAGCUCACCGUGGUCACCGUCGACGACGAGGACAUCGCCCGCAUCGAGCAGGAUGCUCGAGAUCCUUAGGUGAUCCUCCGGUGAUGCCCUGUUCUUCGCCAGGCUAAAACCUGUCAGCGGCUAGAACCCUGCUGAUCUUGGGAAACAAUGAUCACUCCAGCCUACUCUUUGUAGUUACUGCAGAAAAGAGCCUGCGGAUUAACACAAAGUGUAUGCGUGUAUCAAGUGAUUGACCCUCUAUAUAAUUAUAUACAUAGUGAUCUGUCUUCUUUGUAUUGACUUAAAACAUUGUACUAACCUGUCAGAAUUCAGAACCACCAUAUACCUGCUUCCACCAAGCGGACGAAGGGAGAGAUUUGGGCUGGGCUUAGCUAGCAAA